AGAUAUAAUAUGGAAAUAUUAUUAAGCGCGGUAGAAAAAUAAUUAUAAUGUGUUUAACCAGUAGUUCUUAAUCUUUUUCUGAAAAAAUUACUUUCUUUGUAUGUGAGUAAGGUCCAACAACGUGGCAUGCCAUAUUAAGAUAAGCUACCUAGAUAUCCCAACUUUACUAAUAUUAAGCACUGUAGAACAAUUUCAUAAUUAAUCAGUACGUCAAAAUCUUUUUUGCAAAAAAAUCACUUUUAUUGUAUGUGGGUGAGGUUCUACAGCUUAGCAUGCCAUAAGACCGAGAUUUAGGCCAGAGAUUGCAUAUUAUCCCAACUCCCAGAAGCAAAACUCCAGCUACUUUAGACUGAGCCAGAGUUAGAAAAAAAUCAAAAUAGUUGGGUUCAAAGUUGGGUUUAAAGAAUUUCAUACAUGCCCAGUAAAUUUUGCUAAAUUUCCUGAAUCUAAUGGGAUUUAAACCUGGGGGAGAUUUCCAUUCUAUUGUUCAAUUCCUUUAGGGAAUUGUGAUGUAACUUAUCUCAUUGUUACGCUGGCAAUGGGAGUAGAAUGGCCAUUAUGACCUCAUUAAUCUCUGUCUGUCAUUAAAAGACUGUACUGUUUUGAAAAAAAGGAACAGGAUUGUGAAGUAGAAGUUUUGAGCAGAAGUUAUUUUCUGCAAAAUAACAAGCGAGUUGACAUUUUAAAGUUAUAGGAAACCAAUAAAUUAGUAGAAAGGAAAGCCAAUGGCUGGGAAUGUAAAGUUUGGAAAAGCUUUGUACUAUUGAUUAACAAAGAAUACGAUUCAUACUUAGGAUUGGCUCUAUGUAAAUUAUGCAAUAGUGUUAUAAAACACGACAGAAAAAGUGGAACUACCAAACUAAAACAGCACAUGUUAAGCUGCGUCGAGAUAAAGGUUGGCCAAUACGCUUGAUCAAGUUAAGAUGACAUCUUUUGCUAAUAGUUUAAAUAAAGUUCCUGCUGUAUUUAAACAGAAGAUUGAGGAAGCCGCUUUGAAAUUUGUAUCGGUUGACAUGCACCCUUUUAGUGCAAUUGAAGGAAAAGGAUUGCAAAGUCUCAUUACUUCUUGCAUGGAACUUACAGCAAAACAUGGUAUAUUUAGCAGUGAAGACAUAUUACCUUCCGGUGACACUUUAAAGCGUCAUGCUGAUGCAAAAGCCAAAACAAUUAAAAAAGUAACAGUAGAACAAAUGAAAGAGGCAAUCAAAGAGUACGGAAAUAUAUCAGUCACUACUGAUAUGUGGACCGACAUGAAGAGUUGUCAAUUUCUGUCACUAACAGCACAUUUUAUGCUUAAUGGGCGUUUAACGUCGCAAGUGUUGACAGUUUCUGAAGUUACCGAUGGUAAAACAAGUCCCGAAAACAUAAGAAAGGCUGUUGAAUCGAUCUUCACAAAGUUGGGAUUUUCCAUACAGGAGUUUGCAAGCCACGUAUAUUUUGUGACGAGCAAUGAAGCAAAUAUAAAAAAUGCUCUUAUGCCUUUUUGCAGAAUACCCUGUAGUUGCCACAUGCUAGCAACAGUAGCGCAACAUACACUGCAACUACAAUCCUCCAGCCAAAUUUCAGAUUUCCCACCUAAUGAACCCUUUGGAGGAUUGAUAAAAACCACAGUAGUAGCAGUUAAAAAGCUAGCGGCUUAUUUCAAGAAAUCUGGUUUAAAUCUGAAAUUAAACACAAGUAUCCAGCAAAGCAAUGAAACUGGAUGGAAUUCAAUAUACACCAUGCUGGAAUCUGUGUUAAACAAUAAAUCAGACAUCAUAUCAAUAUUAAUUAGUGAUGGUCUUGAAGAAAGAUUUGAUGGAAUAGAUUGGCGUGUUGUGGAAACACUUGUACAUUUCUUAAAGCCAUUUUUAGAGAUAUAUCAGACUCUUGAAAUUGGCAAGUAUCCGACCAUUCAGUCAGUCUUCUUAUGUUAUAGCACUUUAGAAAGAAAUUUUAUAACUUCACCAACUGAUACAGGCAUUAUAAAAUGUUUAAAGAACAGAGGACGAAUUUGUUUAAAAGAAAAAUUUGAAAUCACAGAUAUACAUUACGUGGGAUUUUUCCUUAAUCCUAAAUUCAAAUACCUAAUUCCUUUCACAACAGAAGAGAAAAAAAGGAUCCAAAAAUUAGUAAAAGACUUGGUUACUCAUUUUCUUCAUGGUCAAAAUGAACCAACACGGAGUCAUGUGGAUUAUGCAUAUGAUCAGCCUGCUAUGAAAAAGAAGAGAAAUUGUGUAGAAGAUAACUUUCUGGAUUGGCAAGAAAAGCAACCUGCUGUACAUACGCAUGAUGAAGUGGAAUUGUACAUAAGAACAACAUUUGAUGAUUCCUAUAUUGAACGUUUCCAAACUGAUGAGCGAUUUAACAUUUUGAAGUUCUGGAAUAGCAAAACUGUGAGGACGGAAUUUCCAAAUCUAAGCAGAGUGGCUCUUGGUGUCCUAAGCAUACCAGCAUCAAGUGUGGAUGGUGAAAGGGCUUUCAGUUUUUGUGGGAAUAGGUCUAGAUUAUCAGAUUCUACACUAGAGUCACUCAUUGUUUUAAACACCGCCGAAAACAAUUGUAUUUAAGUUUUGUAACUGUUA